AUGGCCCCUGGGAGUAGUCGAGCCCCAGCCCAGGAGACAGUGACAUUCAAGGAUGUGGCUGUGGACUUCACCCAGGAAGAAUGGGGCCUCUUGGACCAAUCUCAGAAGGAGUUAUACAAGGAAGUCAUGCUGGAGAAUGCCUGGAACCUGCUCUCCCUGGGACUUCCUGUUCCCAGAGAAGAUGUUAAGGGAAGUCUUACCGUACAUAAGAGAACCCACAUUGAAGGGAAACCUUAUGAAUGUAAUCAGUGUGGAAAGUCUUUUACACGGAGGACUCUUCUUACUGAACAUCAGAGAAUACAUACUGGAGAGAAACCUUAUGAAUGUAAUCAGUGUGGAAAGGCUUUUACACGAAGGACUCAUCUUACUGAACAUCAGAGAAUCCAUACUGGAGAGAAACCUUAUGAAUGUAAUCAGUGUGGAAAGGCUUUUACACGGAGGACUUAUCUUACUGAACAUCAGAGAAUCCACACUGGAGAGAAACCUUAUGAAUGUAAUCGAUGUGGAAAGGCUUUCAGGCAGAGGACGGGUCUUACUGAACAUCAGAGAAUCCACACUGGAGAGAAACCUUAUAAAUGUAAUCAGUGUGGAAAGGCUUUCAGAGACAGCUCCUAUCUUGCUAAACAUCAGAGAAUCCACACUGGAGAGAAACCUUAUGUAUGUAAUCAGUGUGGAAAGGCUUUCAGAGGUAGCUCUAGUCUUGCUUUUCAUAAAAGAAUUCACACUGGAGAAAAACCUUAUCAAUGUAAUCACUGUGGAAAAUCUUUCCUACAGAGGGCCAGUCUUGCUGAACAUCAGAAAAUCCACACUGGA